ACUGAGGCUAAAGCCAACACUUUCAGGAAGUCCGUCAGUUUCUCUUCUCCGCGUGUACCUGCCGCACAGAGGGUACCCCUCUGCAGUGCCGCGUGCUGGCCAUGGAGUGAGAACUCACCAGGGCUGACAACGGGAAAACGGAAGAUAUGACCCUUCAGGCUUUGCUUCUGACCUGCCUUUUCCUGCUAAUCCUUGAUUCCUGGGAGUUCCUCACUGAAGCAGAUUAUUACAGAAGAAGCUAUCCUUGUGAUGAGAAAACCCAAGGUGUCUCUGUCAUUGCAGAGUGCAAUAAUCGUCAACUGCAAGAAGUUCCCCAAACUGUGGGCCAAGAUGUCACCGAGCUAGACCUGUCUGACAAUUCCAUCACACACAUAACAAAUGAAUCAUUUCAAGGGCUGCAAAAGCUUACUCAGCUCAAUCUGAACCGCAACGCCAUGCUACAGCCCUACUGGGAAAAUUAUUAUAGAAAUAAAAAAGGCAUGAAUAUUACAGACGGGGCAUUCCUCAGCUUGCGAAACCUAGUGGUGUUACUACUUGAAAACAACCAAUUAUACAAAAUACCGUCCGAUUUGCCGGGGUCUUUGAGAAGACUUAGUCUAAUAGAAAACAACAUCAUCUCUGUAACAAAAAACAACACUUCUGGACUGAAGAAUUUGGAAAAUCUCAAUUUGGGCUGGAACUGCUAUUAUGACAAUGUUUGUAAUAAAACUUUUGAAAUAGAAAAAGGAGCAUUCGAAGAGAUGACAAAUUUGAAGGUGUUAAUACUAUCUUUUAGUAACCUUUCCCGGGUGCCCCUCCACCUGCCGAGCUCCUUAACAGAACUGUAUCUUAGCAACACGAAUAUCAAAAAUAUCAGCAAGGAAGACUUCAAGAAACUGGAAAACUUAACAGUACUAGAUUUAAGUGGGAACUGUCCAAGGUGUUUCAACGCCCCAUUUCCCUGCACACCUUGUGCAGGAGAUGCGUCCAUGUACAUACCUCCUAAUGCUUUUGAUAGUUUGACCAAACUCAGAUACCUCAACCUCUCUAGUACUUCCCUCCGGAAGGUUCCUGCAAGCUGGUUUGACAGGAUGCCUUAUCUGAAGGAGCUGCACCUUGAAUUCAACUACUUGGUCCAAGAAAUAGCCUCUGGGGAGUUUUUAACGAAACUGCCCAACUUAGAAAUACUUGACUUGUCUUACAACUAUGUCAAGACAGCGUAUCCACAACGAGUUAAUCUUUCCCCAAACUUCUCUAAUCUUACAUCUCUCCGGGCAUUGCACUUAAAAGGUUAUGUGUUCCAGGAACUUGUCUAUGAAGACUUCCGGCCCCUGAUGAACCUCCCAAAUUUAACAACUAUCGACUUGGGCGUUAACUUCAUUAAGCAAAUUAAUUUUAGCAUCUUCCAGCAUACUCCCAACGUGAAAGUCAUUUACUUGUCAGCAAACAGAAUAUCGCCCUUGGUGGAUGAUAUUAGGUCAAGUUCUGCAAGUUUCUCCACUGUCCGAAGUCAUGUCCUUAAACGACGCUCAGCAGAUGGUGAGUUUGACCCACACGCGAAUUUUUAUCACAGCACCCAUCGUUUAAUGAAGCGGCAAUGUACACAUUAUGGCACAGCCAUAGAUUUAAGCUUGAACAAUAUUUUCUUCAUUGGGAAAAAGCAAUUUGAAGCUUUUCCUAACAUUUCCUGCUUAAAUCUGUCUUCAAAUGGCAAUGGUCAAGCAUUAAACGGAAGUGAAUUUUCAGCUCUGCCUCAUGUCAAAUAUUUGGAUUUUACAAAUAAUAAACUGGACUUCGAUUAUGAUAGUGCUUUCAAUGAAUUGCCUGAGUUAGAAGUUCUAGAUCUCAGCUACAAUGCACACUAUUUCCGAAUAGCAGGGGUAACGCACCGUCUAGGAUUUAUUAAAAAUUUAACAAAGCUGCAAAUUUUAAAUAUGAGCCACAAUGACAUUUAUACCUUAACAGAGUACAGCCUAAGUAGUGAGUCCCUGAAAGAAUUAGUUUUCAGUGGAAACCGCCUUAACGUUUUGUGGAAUGGUGAAGAUAAGAGGUACACGUACAUUUUUAAAAAUCUCAAGAAUCUGACACAGCUUGAUUUAUCCUUUAACAACCUUGUACAUAUCCCAAAUAAAGCAUUUAUUAACUUGCCCAGGAGUCUCACUAAACUAUAUAUAAAUGAUAAUAAGUUAACUUUCUUUAACUGGACAUUACUCCGGAACUUUUCUUGUCUCCAGCUACUUGACUUAAGUAGAAACCGUCUACAUUUUUUAGAUGAUAACCUAUUGAAAUUUGCAAAAUCUCUUACGACGCUGCUACUGAGUGGAAACAGGAUUUCCUACCUGCCCCCUGGCUUUCUUUCAGAAAACAGCAGUCUGGUACACCUUGAUUUAAGUUCCAACCUGCUGAAAAUGGUCAACAGGUCUACACUUGAAAGGAGGGACAAGAACACCUCGUUAACCCUUUUGAAGCUAGAUGGAAACCCUUUUGACUGUACCUGUGACCUGGGAGAUUUUCGAAGGUGGCUGGAUAACAAUGUGAAUGUCACAAUUCCUAGACUGACCGAUGUCAUUUGUGCCAGUCCCGGGGAUCAAAGAGGGAAGAGUAUUAUGACUCUAGAGCUAACCACGUGUGUUUCAGACACCACUGCAGCCAUACUGUGUGUCUUCACAUCCUUCAUCACCAUCGCAGUUAUAUUGGCCGCCCUGGCUCAUCACUGGUUUUACUGGGAUGUCUGGUUUAUCUAUCAAGUGUGUUUAGCUAAGAUAAAAGGCUACCGGUCUCUUUCCACAUCCCAAACGUUCUAUGACGCUUAUGUUUCUUAUGACACCAAAGAUACCUUGGUCACCGACUGGGUGAUCAAUGAGCUGCGCUUCCACCUUGAAGAGAGUGAAGACAAAAACGUGCUCCUCUGUUUAGAGGAGCGGGAUUGGGACCCGGGCUUAGCCAUCAUCGAUAACCUCAUGCAGAGCAUCAACCAGAGCAAGAAAACAAUCUUCGUUUUAACGAAAAAGUAUGCAAAAAGCUGGAGCUUUAAAACCGCAUUCUACUUGGCCUUGCAGAGGCUAAUGGAUGAAAACAUGGAUGUGAUCGUGUUUAUUCUGCUAGAGCCAGUGUUACAGCAUUCUCAGUAUUUGAGGCUGCGGCAGAGAAUCUGCAAGAGUUCCAUCCUCCAGUGGCCCGACAACCCCAAGGCAGAAGGCUUGUUUUGGCAAAGCCUGAAAAAUGUGGUCUUAACUGAAAAUGAUUCACGGUAUAACAAUCUGUAUGUUGAUUCCAUUAAGCAAUACUAGCUCAUGUUGAGUCACGGCUUCCCAACAUAAUACGAAGGCAAAGUGAUGACCCUUCUGCUUUAGUAAUCUAUUACUAUAUAGCACAUUACCCCAAAACUUAGUGGCUUUGAAUGGCACAAUCGGUUAUCUCAUAGUCUCUGUGGGCCGGGAGCCCAGUAUGGCUGAGCUAGGUCCUCUGCUUGGGGUCUCUCAAAGGCUGCAAUCCAGGCAUUAGCCAGGGCCACAGGCAUCUCUUGGGUUAGGAUCACAGUCUUUAAGAGACCCCAAGCUCACAUUCACGUUGUUAUUUUCAAGACUGGGUUCAUUCUGGACUGUUGGCUAAAGGCUGCUCUCAGUUAUCGUCACAGGGACCUCUCACACCUGGCAGUCUGCUCAUCAAAGAAAGAGUUUGCUGGCAAGACAGAAGUCACGAGCUUCUGUAAUCUGAUCCAGGGAGUGAUAUCCCAUGCCUUUGGCCACAUUCUGUUUGUUAGAAGUAAGUCGCAGGUCCUACCAGUUCAGUGGGAAUGAUCACCUCUAUCCAGGGAGAGUAGUCUGUGACCAGGAUGGGUGGGGCUAUGAUGGCCUCAGUCACAGACUGUGACUACCAGGAGGUGGGAUCCCUAUGAGCCAUCUAAGCAGCGGCCUACUCCACCUUCUUUUCCAUACCUAAGAACUCUUGAAGCUCACAACUCUUUCUGAUGUUAAAUUGCUGUUUAGAUUUAUCAUACAUCCAUGGCUACACGAUUUCAUUAUGCUGUGAUUAUCUUAGUCUUUUAGAGUUACUUUUACAAAUAUCGACUGUAAUAUUUGAGUUCUAAGGUUUAGAUGCCAUUUAAAGGCUGAAGUGGAUCAUUUUUAAGUGGUUUAUUAUUUUUUAUUUCUUAACCAUUUUUUUUUAGAGCAUGCAGUUGAAUGAGAAGCAUUGGGAAUAUCUGUUCAUCAUCAUUACCGUGACCCUUGAAAAAUGAAAAAUGCUUCCUUCUGCGUGAUGAGCAUGUGAUAAACAUACAAUAGGGAAAUAGUUCUAGAAUCUAAAAGAAAUUGCCAUCUAUGCCGGGGUUUGUGAGAACACUUAAACAAUCUUUGGUAGAAAUCAAAGGGGGAACAGUGUUCAUGAAAUUUGUACCUUCUGAUCAUUAUUAACAGAAAAAUUAAUUCUCACUUGACCCCCUCCCUACUCAGAAGACAUAAAGCUGAAAUGCCUGUCUGUUGGCCCCUUUUGGGUUUUUCUCCCAAAUGAAACAACUGCAGCACUCCCUACUGUCUCCGCCAUCCCCAUGGUUCCUGUCCACAGCAUCCUCCCUAGCGUAGGUAUGAAUCUGGAGAGACGCCUUAUAAAAUUUACCUGAGAAUAGCUGGAAAUUACCCAGGCUUAAGAAAACUAAAGUCCCUUCAGAAUGAAAAGAACAACAAAUCUCCAAUGCACCAUCCUUCCUUAAGUACAUAGGCUCUUGAAGUCUGCUCUCUAUCAGCUCACUUUGCUCCUCUGCUUUUCUCCUGCAGCUGUUCAAGAUUUGUCAAAUCCCUGUUUGGCGCUGGUCUCUGUCUGUUGGCCCUUGUUAAAAAUAAUAAUAAAAUAACCCCUCCCCCAAACUACAGGUAUUAGAAUGCCUAGUUACAGCCAUGGCAAAGGAACUGGGUGACUCUGGGCAAGUCAUUGCACCUAUCUGAGCAUACUUCCCCAUUUGGAGAAUGCACUAAAUGAUUCCCAAGGUAUUUUCAAAUAUUACAACUAUUAGUUUCCUAGGGCUGCCAUGAGAAAGUACCACAAACUCAGUGGCUGAAAACAACAGAAGUGUAUGGUCCUAGUUCUAGAGGCCGGAAGUCGGAAGUCUGAAAUCACAGUGUCUGCCGCGCUCCUAGCCCUCGGAAACUUGUAGGAGGAUCCUUCCUUGCCUCUCCUGAUUUCUGGUGUUCGCUGGCGAUCCUUGGUGUGCUUGGGCCUGUAGCCGCGUCACUGCAACAUCUGCCUCUGUGUCUCUCCUUCUUAUAAUGACACCAGUCAUAUUGGGUUCAGGGUCCAUCCAACUCCAGUCUGACUUCAUCUUAACCAAGUACAUCUGCAACGGCCUUAUUUGCAAAUGAGAUCACACCGGGAGGUUAGAACUUCCACAUAAAAUUUGGUGGAGCAGGGGCAAGGGUAGCAUGCAGUUCAACCCAUGACAACAACCAUGGCUUUUCUUUAGAAAUGACUCAGAAUUCCAUGAAACUUGAAAAUGCCCUUGAGAAUGGGAAAGUCACUUAUGAUUGUUGUACAAAUAAAGGCAAUUUCCCUCUCAGCUAUUAAUAAAGCUGUUCUAGUCAUGUG